AAGGACUCGUUUCGCGUGUGUUUAAACUUAAACAAAAAAAAAAAAAAAAUCAAACACAAUGAGCAAAUUCGCUUGGGUGACACUGACUACAAAUGACACGUACUCCUUGGGGGCCUUGGUGCUGGCCCAUUCAUUAAAGAGGGCGGGCACCGCCCAUCAACUGGCAGUACUGGUCACACCCACCGUUUCGGAGGCAAUGCGCGAUAGACUGAAGGACGUGUACAAUAUUGUACAAGAGGUGAAUGUAUUGGACUCACAGGAUGCUGCCAAUUUGGCAUUACUCUCUCGCCCCGAAUUGGGUGUGACCUUCACAAAGCUGCACUGCUGGCGUCUGGUGCAAUUCGAGAAAUGUGUCUUCCUGGAUGCUGAUACACUGGUUCUGCAAAACUGCGAUGAGCUAUUCGAGCGUGAGGAACUCUCGGCUGCUCCUGAUGUCAGCUGGCCAGAUUGCUUUAACUCUGGCGUUUUUGUAUAUAAACCCAGCGUGGAGACUUUCACUCAGAUCACAGAGUUUGCCAUUAAAAAUGGCAGUUUCGAUGGCGGUGAUCAGGGUCUUUUGAAUCAAUACUUUGCCGAUUGGGCCACAGCUGAUAUUAAGAAGCAUUUGCCAUUUGUCUACAAUGUGACAGCAUAUGCCUCCUAUUGCUAUCUGCCCGCUUUCAAACAAUUCAGAGAUAAGAUUAAGAUUUUGCAUUUUGCUGGCAAACUGAAACCCUGGCUCCUGCAGUUCAACUCGGAGACCAAACAGGUUUCCGUUUCCACUGACUAUGCCCAUGCCAAGGAUCUGAUUCAGCUCUGGUGGAAUAUCUUCUGUGAUAAAGUGCAUCAAUCUCUCUCAGACAAUAUGUACCUUCGCUUAAACAUAACGCACUCGAGCAAUGAUCAUGAGACGGAUCACGAGCAGCAACAUCAGCAGUGGCAACAGCAAAUGCAACUGCAACAAUAUCAUCAUCAGCAAGAGCAACAUAUGCAAUAUUUGCGUGAAUUUCAUGAUCCUUGGGCAGAUUACUAUGAGAAUCUCGAUAAGAAGAGAGAUGAGCAGCAGGAGUGGCAGAAUCAUAAUGAUGAUCAGACGAUUGCAAACGAUGAUAAUGGUUGGACAGAUGGCAAUGCAUGUGAAAUGACAUCUACACCACAAUCUGAAUAUCAUGAACCACAAUUUCAAAAAAAUCAAUCUCAACCACAAAAUGAACCAACACACAAUAUCACUGCCAAUUUUGCCAAUUUCAAUGAUGACUCCAUUUCAAUAGAUGUAAAUAGAAAUGAAAUGUCUUUACCAGUUAAUGCCAUGCCCACGCCCACCUACCCGCCCACUACCAACAUGUCACAACAACAAGAACAACAACAACAACAAACAGUACAAAAUACAGAAAACACAAAUGAAAAAGUACAAGAUACACAGAGCUCAGACACGGCAGCUGCUACCGAGACACAGCCUGAGGCUGGCCUGGCUGGUGCCUUAUCACAGCUGCAAAUUGGUCAACAACGUUCACCCGAACAGGAGGCCUAUGAGAAUCUGAUGCGUCGCCAAUGCUGGGAAUCGGGACAGAUUGAUUAUUCGGGAGCCGAUUCAUUCGAUAAUAUCUGGAAGAAAAUCUCGCAAACGCUGGAGGCAAAGCCCGUAGAAAAGGAGGCUGAACAAACUGGUAGCUCAUAGAUACAAAACAAAACAAAACAAAACAAAAGCAAAUCGUUUGUCAUACGUCGUUUUGUUUGCCACUUAAUUUUACGUUCACACACAACAAUCAGUCCAACACACCUACACGUGCACACACAGACACACACACACACACACACAUAUCUCUCAAUUGUAGCAGCCAUGUCAAGGCCAAGGACAAUAAAUUGAAUUUGCAAUUGACAUGACUCGAAAUAAAAUAAUUAGAAAGCACUUGCUUUCAAGUGUCAUAGAUAUAGACACACCUACUAACGCACACCUAGACAUGCACUUACUCACACCUACACACACACACAAACACACAUAUGUGAAGAGAAAUGAGUGGGAAAAAAAAGCAGAGAAAAUUUUAAUUAAGUUUUCAAAUUAAACUUUUUCCACUCGUUGCUCUUGACAUCGUCUAGAUGGAUGUGUGUAUGUGAGUGUAGACAUGUGAGUAUGUGUGUGUGUGUGUGCCGGCAAUACACUUGGCACACUUGCCACACUCGACUCAUCCCCCUACCCCCUUCCCCACUCACACUCACACACUUAGCCUAGCCACAAACUUUUACACUUCAUUGUAUUUUAAUUGAAAAUGUUUGUACUUUUGCCCUUUAUAAUUAUUAUUAUUAUUAUUUUUUUCGAGUUUCUUUUUUGCUACUUUUUUAUGUGUGUGUGUCUAUAUACCGAUUUGUGGCAUUAUACAACCCCCCCUUCCCCCCAUUCUCCACUCUUUAAAAGUGAAAAAGAAAAUUGAAAAUAAAAUGUAAAUGUCGAAAAACUGAAUGUUGCCAAAAAAAAAGAACAUCAUAAUUGUUGUGCCAUUUUUCUGACUGUGUGUGUGUGUGGAGUGUGUGUGUGUGAGGUGUAAGUGUCUGUGUAUGUGUGCCCCUCUCUCUUCUUCUUCUCCUUCUCCUUCUGCUCUACAUGGCUUGUUGAACGUAAAUAUUUGUUUUUCAGAGCAAAACUGUUAAACAUUUAUAUAUUAAUUAUAUUUUCUUUUCCUAUAUUCUAUAAAAAAACAAAUUUAUGUUAUAUAAUUUACAUGGAAAACAAUAUUGUCUUAAUAUUUAUACAACAACAACAACACAAAAAACUUUAUUUGUUUAUAAA